GAGAACGACAGGAAGAAUCCGCGAAAACCGGAUACCGGAUAUUAGUAAUGGUCAAGACGGAAGUUUGGGCUAUUCAAGAUCAGGAAUUAAUUUUUUCUUUCGCUGAAGAAUAUUUAGGCUAUAUCAACUUAUGAUGUGACAUAAUAGACUGAAAUGAAAUGAAGAUGAUAAUUACGUCACAAGUUGGACUAAGAUCAAGUAAUCUAGAUGAGGGCAAACUGACAUAGACAUUAUAUAUGUGUAGAUGUAGAGUAUCACGUGGAGCUGGAGAUACUGUCCAAAAAGUCCCAAAAUCUGCACAACUGAUACAAUGGCAAGACAUUUGAAUGACGUUCCAAGAUGGAUUGUCAUUGCUGUAUGGAUAGCAGCCAAUAUUGGAAUGUUUGUGUAUGCAUACCUGGAGUAUAAACAGUCCGUGUCUUUCUACUACCUCAGGCUUAUUAUAGGGGAUGCCUUACCAUGGGCAAGAGCCAGUGCAGCGUGCCUAAAUCUUAAUUGUAUGUUAAUACUGAUUCCUGUAUGCCGUAACCUCAUCUCAUUUCUUAGAGGGUCUUUAAAGAGAUGUUGUAAGAAGUCUGUAAGAAGGCAACUGGACAAACAUAUCACAUUCCAUAGAUAUAUAGCUUACAUGAUCUGUUUACAUACAGCAAUACAUAUCGGAGCUCAUGUGUUUAAUGUAGAGCGUAUGUUUGUUGCUCAUGAAGGCAUUUCUGCAGAUGGUGAUGAUGAUGAUGAUGAUAAUCUAAAGGGUCUUCUCUCCGCCCUCAGUAACCUUGAUGAUGGAAAUCCCUAUGAAACAUACAUCAACCCUGUUAGAGAUUCUACAGAGGACCCAUCUCUGUUUGUGGUAAAGACAGUUGCAGGUACCUCAGGUAUUGUUGCUACAUUGGCGUUGAUAAUCAUGGUCAGCUCUUCCACUGAGGUCAUCAGGAGGUCAUAUUUUGAAUUGUUCUGGUUUACACAUCAUUUAUUUGUGCUGUUCUUCAUUGGCAUAUGUGUACAUGGAUUACAAGGUAUAGUUCGAGGCCAGACAAAUACAGAUGUACAUGAUCCUGAGGUGUGUCAGGAUAAAUAUGAUGAUUGGGGGAGUAUAGCAGAAUGUCCAACUCCACAGUUUGCUGCUUCCAGUCCAGCUACAUGGAAGUGGGUGAUUGGUCCUCUCAUUCUGUAUUUUGUAGAGAGAGGUGUGAGAUUUAUACGCUCAAAGCAGAGUGUUUACAUAACAAAGGUGGUAAAACAUCCGUCCAAUGUAUUUGAACUACAGAUGAAGAAGAAAGGAUUUAAGAUGGGACCUGGCCAAUACAUCUUUCUACACUGUCCUAAAAUAUCUUAUCUAGAAUGGCACCCCUUUACUCUAACAUCGGCACCAGAUGACGAAUAUUUCUCUGUACAUAUAAGACGUGUUGGAAACUGGACCAAUGACCUUGCCAAGGCUUGUCACAUAGAUGAGGCAGAGUUUAAAGAAGCCUGGAAACUACCAAGUGUGUCAGUUGAUGGACCAUUUGGAACUGCUACAGAAGAUAUAUUUUCAUACGAGGUUGACAUUUUUGUUGCAGCGGGUAUUGGAGUAACUCCAUUUGCAUCAGUUCUCAAACAUAUAUGUUACACCCUAACUGGCAGGUAUAAGAAGCAGACAGCAGACCCAGACUUCAAGCUGAAGAAAGUCUAUUUUUUCUGGAUAUGUCCGGACACGAAUGCCUUUGAAUGGCUGCAUGAUCUGCUGCGUUACUAUGACAAACAGAUGGCAGAGACGGGUUUUACAGACUUUCUCAGAUAUUUUGUGUAUCUUACGAGAGGCUGGGACAAAAAUAUGGCCAAAACAAUUGUGUUACAUGACGAGGACAUAUAUGAUCCUGUGACAGGUCUCUAUCAGAAAACUCACUAUGGAAGACCCAACUGGGAUCAAAUUAUGCCAAAUAUAGCCAAAGACCAUCCAGGGACUAAGAUAGGAGUGUUUUUCUGUGGACCCAAAGUGUUAUCUAGCACCCUGCAUAAAGCGUGUAACCAGCAUUCAUCAAAGGAAGGUGCUAUAUUCUACUAUAACAAAGAGAAUUUCUGAUAUAAUUUACAUUCCAAUUACCAUGUGUUUUCAUUUCGUAAGCUUUAAUUUAUGGUAUUAUUUUAAUUUUUAAUUUUUUGGGGGAGUAGGGGUGGGGAGGGGGGUAAACUUUAGAAUUGCCCUUGUGUGCCCAUCUGUACAUUCGCCCAUCUGAAUUUUUUGUCGUGCAUAUCUCAAAAAGAAUUUUAACCCUGUCAUCAAACCUCACAGGAUAAAUAUUCAGUAUGUGAAGUUGUGCACCUGGUGUUUGAUUUGGGAUGUUACAUAGCCAGACAAGAGUUACGACCCUUGACUUAGUCAAAAAUAUGCAUAAAAAGUCCUGUAAGAUUGUGUGGCAUGUAUCUCAAAAAGUAUUUGACCUUGGAUUAUGAAACAUUACAGGAAUAUUAUUCAGUAUAUGAAGUUAUGCUGCUUUGGUUUUGUUAAAGAUUUCAUUCAGCCAGACCAGAGGUAUGGCCCUUGGCUUAAUCAAAAAUAUGCAUAAAAAGGCAGAGAAGUUUGUGUUGCACAUACCUUAAGAAGUAUUUGACCCAGGGUCAGGAAAUAUAAUUUUUUGCAAGUUUGUGUUGCAAGUAUCUAAAAAAAUAUUUGAUUAAGAAUCAUAAAACAUCAGAAUAUUAUUAUAUAGAAUGUGAAGUUGUUUACCUGGUGUUAUCUUUGGGAUUUCACUCCGCUAGACCAGAGUUAUGGUCCUUGACUUAGCGAAAAAUACACAUUAAGGCUUAAAAGUUUUUGUUGCAAAUAUCUUAAAGAAUAAUCCAUCUAGAGUCUUGAAAACAUGUACAGUGACAGGAAGGGGGCGAGGGCACCUGUGUCGUAUGGACACACAUCUAGUUUUUAUUUCAGUUCCUUGUUAUUCAAUGGCAUUUUUUUUCUCCAUUUUACAAAUGAGUUUGACAUGUAAGUCUUCCACAAGUUUCUGUGAUGUUUAAUGCUAUAGUGUCUUCUACUGGUUUAGAGAUACAUUGUAAUUGGAGACUAACUGUAUUCUAUAACUUAUUUUUAUUUUGUAGACCUUUACAUUUAGUGUAAUAGUAUCUACUAAAGAUAACCACAAUUUCCCUAAGAAUUGCUUGUUUGUUUAUAAUCUUCUAUCAGUAAAUUGUGAUUGUUUUUGAAUUAACAAAUAAUCAAGGCCUUCGAGAGGUUUGUCGUCUAAUUAAUCAGAGUUCAGAUGCGUAGGAAUUGAACCAUGAGGGCCUUAGCCCGAGUGGUUAAAUACUGAAGCAUCUGAAUGAUGAACCGUGGUAAAUUAGAUGAUAAAUCACAAGAAGGCAUUGAUUUUCAUUCUGACAUGCUCAUUGACAUUUUUAAUAAAUAUUGAGCUGGACUUCAUUUACCCGAGGAGUAAAAUUUCGGGGGUCAUGCGGCAAUUUGAAGUCAUAAUGCUCGCUUACCAGUCUGUGCGUCAACCAUUGUUUAUCAAAGAAUAUACAGAGCUUGAUUUCCUUCUUUGUUUAACUGGAAAUCAGAUCGAGCAAUGUUAGAAUAAUGUGUGAUAAUUUAGUUGCUCAUUUUCAUGGCAUCUUUCCUGUCAAGACUAAUUAUUUUUUCAUUGUUUAGUGUUGUAUCAGAUUUUAUAUUUUAUCAUGGUUGACUCAAAUAAUUUAUUGACAAUUUGUUUUUUCUGCAUAAUAUUGUAUUUGCUUUAAAACCAUAACACCCUCUCGGUAUUUGGUAAACAAACUGUAUCUACAAACUUUGAAUUGAUUUUGAAAAAUGUAGUUCCUACUUUAUAACAAAACAACAAUCGUAACAUUUAGUAAAAUUUGUCGUACCUUAUUUGAGCCAUAAUGUAGGAUGUAAGCUGUAAGACAGUAGUAGAUAACUAGUGUGUUGCUUUAGAAAACUCUAGUUUUAUUUUCGUUCAUAUAGAUUUACUAAUAGUAAGAAGAGGCAAAUGAUUUCAAGGCUAGAUAGCAUGACAAUGAAUUUGAGUUCUUGACAACUUUUUUUUGGACAAAAUAUCAUGAUUUUCAUUCUAUAAUAAUUUGCUCUUUUUUCUGAUCUCAGUCAUUCAUUGUAAUUCUGUUUUAUUAUUGUUAUGUGUUGUAUUUAUUGUAUGUGAAACGAGAUAUAUUGCAUAUAUUGACAUAUGUUUUUGUUUACCAGGCAUAUUGCAAUGCUCCACAGUUAAAAUAUCAGUAUGUGAGUGAGUUUGCUGGUUUUUACGGUAAAUAGAUAAAAAAAGUUCACAUUGCGGAGUGUCUAUAGAUUGAAAAUACUCAAUGUAUUGUCCUUAAAGUGCAUCUUCAGUUUUCAUAUCAAUUAAUGUAAUAACAGGCACUGUGCUGUCAAUUCAUUCAGCUUUAUAGUGUGCAGCAUUAAAACCCUUACCCUGCUAAAUUUCUAUAAUGAACUUGUCCAUCUUUCAAUUUGGACAGUAUCAUAAACUGUUAAAAGAAAGGGGUGCUUACCAAAAAUAUACUGUCUGAAUGGUGAACAGUGCAGACAGUGAUCAGACAGCAAAGAUGUGCAGGCUGAUCUUGGUCUGUACUGGUCGCAUAGGCAGAAUCACUUGCCGCCAAUAGGCUAAGGGUUAACAGGUUUAUAGUGUGCAGUAUUAACGAGAAUGUGUGACAGGUGAAACAGAAUCUGAACUGGUGUAUUCUUUCUUUUCUGUGCACUAUACAGUUUAGUAGGACAUGUAAAUUGUAUUUAUAAUUAUUAUGAUAUGAUGUAAUGCAUAAUAUUUUAGUAAGAUAAAAUGCAUGUUCUUCAUGCUGGUAGUAUAUCUAAAUGUAUUUAUAGUGUAUAUUUUAAGACGACCCGUUUCAUUUUUCUAUUAAACAAAGAAGGCUAAAAACUGUGUGUUAUUAAAUAACAAUUUAUUUUUUCUGACAUCACAAUUAUUACGUCAUUGCGUUAAACAGCAUAGCAGUGCGCUGAAAAAGAAACCAACAGAAAACAGGCAAAUAUUUAAUGGCUGUCGUCAAGGAUGUACUUUAAAAUCCUUUGUAAUGUGUUAGAAUCAAAAUAAUAUAUCCCAUUUAGUGAUUUGCUCUUGAAUAAAAUCCUGGUUUGUCGUUCAGGUACGUUCUAUUAUAUCACUCGGGACAAAUCACAAAAUGAGGUAUAUUAUUUCUUAAAUCAACAUGUAAAAACACAAGGAUUAAAGUAUCAACAUGUUGCUGCACUGUGUGAUACCACUAUUCGAGGGUUCAACACAAUAAGGGUGUAUCUACAUAUAAUUAUUACAUGUAGAUACGCCCUUAUUGCGUUGAACCCUCGUAUUGGACAAGUACACGGCAGUAAAAACACAUAUUUGGAAUAGGCGAAAGCCAAGUCAGAAUAUGGAUUAUUACUACCAUGUAUGAGUUUAACACUGUUAUACCAUACUAUGAUAAAAAAUGGAAUGACAGAAAAAAAAAAUAUUUGAACAUAUUCGAUUGAUAAUUGGGAACAUGAAUGUUUCCAAAUAGAAUCUACUUACAGUUCAGUUUCUUCCCUCAUACUAUGUAUUAUAAUGUUAGGGUGUUCACAUGCAAGAACGCUUGAAAAUGUGAUUCUUUUAACUCAAAAUAAAUCUCUUUCAGACAAAUUUUUUUUCCCCACAAAACCAUGAUAUUAGGAUAUGAAUUGUUCUAAGAAAUUGAGUGCUGACAAUUACAUGUUUUGUUCAGAAGUAUGAAAUUUAUUACAGUUUUUUGAAAAUUGUAUUGCUUUUUGCAGUCAAAAUGCACUGUACAAUGGAAAUUAAUUUUAUAGACUCUAUAUUAAGAAAUCAGAAUAGUUAUCCCAUCUAAUAUGAAAAACAUGGCAUUUUUAGACUCGAAUAUGAAAAAUUACAGCCUUUGUGAACUCUAGAUUUUGGAUAUUGCUAUAUACACUUAAAAGACUGCAAAUGCAGUUCUAAUUUCUAUUGCAUUGGCACAUGAUGGAAAGAAAAUGGUUGAAUUUAUAUAGAUGUGCAAUAAUAUUGGAUAAUUAGGUCAAAAACAUUUAAGAACUGAGUUUGUAGACCAGCCUAAGGAUUCAGCCUUGCCAUUGGUCAAUUUCAAGAUUGUUCUCAGAAACAACCAAUCAGCUGCUUGAGUUUCUAGACUGGUCUUUAAACUUCGCUUCAAACCGGAGUCCUGUGUUUUUUGUUUUUGUACAGUAUAGAGGAAGCUGGUCUUUGCUCUGUGUUGGUUGAACAUUUCAUCAAAGCCUUUCUUGUGAUUGAAAUUUCUUGAUUGGGUAUGUGAUUAUGUUUGUUUAUGUAGCAAUAUUUAGUUCCAUACACUUUUCAUAGUACUUUGCAUAGGGUGCCAAAAUGCAACAAAAUGUUCAUUCUCUCUUGCAUAUAAUUGAAACUUUUUUUAAAUGUACAUGACUAUUAAUAUGUUCCAAUCAAUUUUCUUUAAAUUUUAAACUUCAGUUUAUGCAUUUUCCAAGAAAAAAAAAAAAAAAUGGUACAAGAUUUCUAAAAAGGUAAAAGACUUGGCCUGGAUGUUCUUUGGGUGGUCCUCUUUCAAAGUUUUUCAAAUUGUUCUGCAGACCAGUAGAAGAAAUGUCUCCUGUUUGAGAUGGGGGAAACUAUGGCGAGUUAGGGUCAUCAUUGCCCUUUUGUUACAUGAUAUUGAUAUAGAUUCUCCACUGAAUAAAGUAGAACUGUUAUUAAAUUUUUUUUAUAUAUAUCUACUAAAUGCUCAGCUGGACUGAACUAAGUUUGCUGUUGUUUGUUAGACUACAGACCAGCAAAUUUAUGUUGCCUUACUUGUGCCAACCUAUGCACUGGUGUUCUAAUGCAAGCCAAAGCUCAAGUCUGUUAUAAUAAUGUUAGAUGCAAUUUUCUGAAUAAUACUCUGAACAUGUAUUUUCCUUUAAUAUAUAUAUCUAAAUAUAUACAUUUAUUUUAGUCAUUCCAGAUUGUAAACAUGUGCUGGAUCUAUUUUUAUUGCUUUACUGUUCAUAAUAAAACUCUCAUGC